GGCAAAUUAUUUUUAUUUUAAAACAUAAUUAUUCAAAAAUCUACGCAUAAUUAUUUUUUAAUCCAGAGCAUAAAACGUGCUUGUAAACGCUCGGUAGAGAAACGUAUAAAGCGGUACAGCGACACGGCCGAAGGUGCGGCGAGUACGGGACCCGCAGCCGAAUCCGUCCCGCUCCAGCUGACGUAUUUAUCGGGACACAGGACGUUAAAGAUCAAAUUUAAUCGCAAAAAUGCCGGGGAUGAUGGACAAAGGCUCCGAGUAUUUGGGAAAAGGUCGGUCAAACGGGACUAAAAGUCCGUCCAACGCGUCUAACGGACAUUUUUCUGACGAAAGCGGCAGCGACGACGAACAUGACAUUGGAAUGCGGGUUGGAGCGGAUUAUCAGGCAAACAUUCCCGAAUUUGACCCCGGUGCCAACAAGUACACGGAAAAAGACAGCGGUGGGAUGCUGGUAUGGUCUCCAUAUCACUCCAUUGUCGACUCCAAAUUGGAUGAAUAUAUUGCUAUUGCAAAGGAGAAGCAUGGCUACAAUGUGGAGCAGGCUCUCGGUAUGCUGUUCUGGCACAAACACAACAUAGAGAAGUCCCUGGCUGAUUUGCCCAAUUUCACGCCUUUCCCAGACGAGUGGACCAUCGAGGACAAGGUUCUGUUCGAACAGGCUUUCAGCUUCCAUGGGAAGAGUUUCCAUCGCAUCCAGCAGAUGUUACCAGACAAAUCCAUCUCCAGUCUUGUCAAGUACUAUUAUUCGUGGAAGAAAACGCGCUCCAGAACGAGUCUGAUGGACCGGCAGGCCCGCAAACUGGCUAGCAGGAGCAACCAGGACGACAGCGAGGAGGAAAUGGAGGAAGCCAAUCAUAUUGAGGCGAAUGACAGCGACUACGAUCCGAAUAAAGACGCCAAGAAAGAGAACCAGGCCGAGUUGGUGGUGCUGGGCACUAAGCCGGCGUUAGGGCGACGUGAGCACCAAACCCUGCAGCACCGACACCACCAGCGCUCCCGCUGCCGCCCCCCCAAAGGCAUGUACCUCACCCAAGAGGACGUUGUGGCUGUGUCCUGUAGUGCCUCUGCUGCUAACACACUCCUUCGUCAGCUGGACAUGGAGCUGGUGUCCCUUAAGAGACAGGUCCAGAAUGCUAAGCAGAUGAACAGUGGACUGAAACAGCUGUUGGAGUCUGGGAUUGAAGAGUAUAGACUGACUGAGUCCAACCAGAAGGUGAACGCCCGCUGGACCACAGAUGAGCAGCUGCUCGCUGUUCAAGGUGUCAGGAAGUACGGCAAAAACUUUCAGGCCAUCGCUGAUGUCAUUGGGAACAAAACCGUGGGUCAGGUGAAAAACUUCUUUGUGAACUAUCGCCGGCGGUUCAACCUGGAGGAGGUGCUGCAGGAGUGGGAGGCAGAGCAAGGAACGCAGGCUCCAAAUGGAGACAGCGCCACCUCAGGCGAAGAGGGGAAGAACAGUUCGACCCCUCCUUCAGGCAAGAGCACCGAUGAGGAAGAUGAGGAGGGUCAGGUCACCUCUUCUGGCGCAUCGCCUGCUGCCUCCUCUUCCUCUUUAGCUCAAAAUCCCGUGACUUCCAAUGCUUCCUCCUCCCUCCACCAGCCGCCUCCGCUCCUGAGGCCCUCUCUGCCGGCCACGCCGUCGCUACACCGCCAGCCUCCACCACUCCAGCAACAGGCUCGCUUCCUGCAGCCUCGAACCACCCUGCAGCAACCUCCGCCCCUCAUCCGGCCCUCCAACCCCAUGCCGCCACGCCUCAACCCGCGCCCCACUCCCGUAACCCUGGGCAGUAACGCCGCUGGCCCGGGCCAGAGCUCCGCCCAGCAGCCUGCUGGCAUGGCCAUCCACCUGUCAGACACAGCGUCGUCGUCGUCCGUUCACUAACUACCUGCAGACCUCUCUAAGAAGCAGUGGAGUAGAGGGUAGUUCAUUUCCCUUCAAGACAUUGGUAAAAUUACUGAAAGUCUCACAUCAAUGUUCUAGAAUAUCCCAAAAACGUUCAAAUCUGGUGUUUUUCAUGUAAGAGGAUUAGAACCACUGAAAAAGGAAAAAAUCUGACUUUAAUGAAUGUCUGAGUGAAUUAAUUUAUUGUCUCUCUACUCAUGUAGAAUGAAAUUACAGCCCAAAGAGCCAACCUCAAAAAAAAGAGAAAACAGGUUGAAUAUGGCGAUAUUUACAAUGAUAUAAAUAUGUAAACCACGGGACAGAGAAACAAAAUGGUUACAUUUCUGCAAAAAGCUGAAUAGAAAAAAACAAGGAAAUUUCUGAUCUUGAAAGUUUGAAAAUUGAUAGAAAAAUUAGGACAUUUUGAGAUUAAUCUCAGAAGGUUUUGAGGGAAAUUUUUGUUUAAAUGGUCUAAAACUUCUGCCUUUUGGAAAUUUUUGAAAUUAAAAAGUUUUUCAAGUUUUUUCUAGAAAAUUUCUGCGAUUAAACUAAAAAUUUCAGUUUUCUUUCUAGAAAAUGUUUGACUUCUGGAGAUUUUUUGGCAUUUUUAUAUUUACAAAGGUUGUAAUAUAUCAUUAUAUGGAGAAUUCUGACUUUUUAUUCAGAUUUCUGAGAUCCAAGGUCAGAAUUGUUCCUUUUUUUUAUUUAUUAAUUUUUUUUAGUGGUUCUAAUCCUCUUCCAUAAUUUUUCAACAUUGCAAUGUGGAGAGAGGUUUCUUAUUUUCAGACCUCGAAUGCAACGUGAAUUGGGAAAAGAAACUUUGACGUGACAUAGAGAUUUGUAAUCCAUGAAAACUAUCUGAGGUUCAGCUUUGUGUUGAAGUGCAUGUGCCUUAAAGUGCACAAGGUGCUGCCUGCAAAACUGGUUCAAAUUCAAAUUAUUCAGAGAUUUCUCAAAAAAUAUUCAUCUAUCUUAUUAUUUUUCUACCCCUGUUUUGCUCUGACCCAGUCAACUGGAGAAAUAUAUGUAGUUCAUAUAUGUAUAUACUGUUAUUUAUUAGAUUAUCCCUUUCCCUCCUCUGAUUUAAACCUAAUUUCAUGAUAAUGUAGUUUUAAGUCACCAAAGAUGCUUGUGUUAAUUGAAAGUAUUCCUCCCCUGCUCUGAAAAAACAUCUUUUCUGAAAGAUGACAAAACCAAACCCAAUAUUUGCCCCUGGCAGCUCAUAGAUAAAUUAAUUAACUGUGUGGUUAACUUGUUUUAAGGUCAUUAAUGUAGUCACAAUGCCCCAAGUUCAACAUGAAUGUUAUUUUUUAAAUAUAAAUCCAUCCUAAUUUAAUAUGAGCAUGCUAAAUCUUAUUAUCUUUUGCAGCUAAUUUAACCUCAGUGUGUCAAAUUCACUAAGAAUUUUCAGACUUGUUCACUCAGACCUUAAAAUUAAAGUUCUAGUGAAAUAAAAGUAAAGCCUCUUUUAAUCUGUGCUUUUCAGGACAUGAUAAACGGGUUCUAAACUUACUUAAAUCUAACCUCAUUCCUACAAAGUACCAGGUAUUUUUGUCUUUACAUAAACUGCAAAUGCUUUAGUACAGUUGAAGUAAGAAAAAAAACACUUUUCAAGUAACUUUUUAGCAGGAUAAAUAAGAUUAUUUUAAGUCAAUAAAUCCUUAAUAUUGAUGAAAAAGUUCUAGUUUCCCUGGAAGAUUAUUUCAUUCAUAGUAAGACAUUUUCCCCUGUUGUAAGUGAAUUAAUCUGCAAGUAAAGAUAGUAUUUUUUUAUUUCAUUUGAUCAAUAUUAAGUUAUUAUUUAUUCAAAAUAAGCUCCUAUAUCUUGCUCAAAAGUUACUUUCAGUUAGUUUUGUCUUAUUUCAAGUGUACAAAUUAAUCCCAAACCAUAUUAACAACACUAAAAAUACUUGGUUAGCAUUUGUAUUUUCACAGUGUAGAUUUAUUUUUUAUUUUUUCUAAAAAGUCAUGCAACAGUUGUGGCUCUAAAUGAUUUUUAUUUCACUGGACUAAGAGUAAAAAUUGCUCUUUGGAUUAUAAAUUUUUCAGACCUUUUGAGAUUAAUUCACUUUUGCAAAGGUGGGCAACUUUAAUAAGAAAUGUUCCCCCUUUUUUAAAAAUAAACAUCCUAGCUUUAGAGUGAUUAAUUGCUAAUAUUGUCUUGAUUGUGCCUUUAUAAUUUUUUAGAAAUUGAUGUCCAGUAACAAUUUCUUCUGAUAUUUCACCAGAAAAUUGCCCAUACUUGCUGAUAUUCAGUUAAUUUUCUCGCCACAAUGGAAAACUUUACCAUGUAGAUGCUAAUAAAAUAACACCUGAGGUUAGAGUUGAAUAAUUUUAGAGCCUGGUAUUUGUCAGAUAAAACAAGUGAGCUGAAGGAGGGUGUACUUUCUUUUUACCAGGACCUUACCUCAGCGGGGAGUUGUUUGUACAUACUAUUGUGUUAUUGUUAUGAUGGCCAAUGCACGCUACGCUGUAAGAUGUUGGUAGGACUCUAAAGUGCUGUUUUUUGUGUGUCUGCAAUGUCCGUCUGAUGAUUUUCUAUACUUUAUUUGCUGUUAACGAUCCUACUGAACUCUUUAUUGCACUGCAAAAACACAAAAUCUUACCUAGCAAUUUUACUCUAGUUCCUCGUCCUAGUUUCAAAAGUUGAACAUUUUCACCGUAAUAAAAAUUAAGACAAUUAUGGAGCUAUAUUUUGGCCAUAAAGUUUGUUUACAAGACAAAAAAUAUGAAACUGGAAAAAGAAAUGUUCAAAACUCUUUUUGAGAUUCUAAGUUUUUUUUUUCAGUUUCAAAUGUUUUUCUUUACUUUUAUUUUCAUUGUUUAUUUUGAUCAAACUUUAUGGCCCCAAUUUAACUCCAGAGAUAAUCAUUCUUUAAUACUGACAAAAAAGUACUUGUUCCACUGGCAGAUUUAUUUACUUUUAACAAGACAUUUUUUCCAUGUUAUAAGUAAAAUAAUCUGCCAAUGAAACUAUUUUUUCCCCAUCAAUUUUAAGGAAUUAUUUACUUAAAACAAGCUCAUAUUUCUUGAUUAACUUAAUUUUAAAUAAGCUUUGUUUUAUUUCAAGUGACUUGAGACAUUUGCAGUAAAAUCUAGGCCAAAAUUACUUGGGUAAGAUUUUGUUUUUGCAGUGUAUCUACUUGUUUGUGGUCUUCAGCUCCUGUGGUUCUAUCUUAAAACUCUGUGUUUAAUUUAAUUAGAAAAAUGCCUCCUAACAUCACAAUAAACAAGACGGAAACCUGUUUUGUUUUGACUUUCAGGCGAUUUAUAGGAACAUUUUAGCAUUAUUUUCAGACUCUGUAACUGAAGAACUCCUUUAUUUUCCAUCAGUUAGAUCUGCCUUUAAGACACUAAAGUUUCACUAAAAGCCUGUGGAAUAAAUAUUUUUUUGAUAAAUUACAGUUUUUACUGCUGUGUUUUCUUUUCACUAACUGAACGAAACUGGGAACCACUUUAUCAUCCGUAUGUGAUGUAUUUAGUUUGAAAAUUAUUUAUAGUCCUUUUGUAAUAUCAGUUUGGAUUUCAUGUAAAGCUAAUCAUUGUGAAAAUGCUUGUUUUUCUUUUUUUUGUAUGUAUGUAUCAUGAUUUACCUUCACUGUAUCUAGAAUCAUAUGAAAGGUUGUAUUUUCAUCAGAACUUUGACCUUUGAUGUGAAGCCACUUGGUUUUCUCUUUCUCAGUUGGACUUGAUAGUUCUUAAUAAACAUUUUAUUAAAAAACAAAAUCUUGA